UGGAGCUGCUCGGGGAACAUGGUGGAUUUUUGAGAAGCUACACACACGGAGACACUUGGAGAGUUGGAUUUAAGGAAAAAGAGAGAGAAGUAAUUGAAGGGAAAUCAGAGCGAGGAGCAGGAGCAGGAUGCGCGGGCUGCCUGCAGGGCAGCGUGUGUGAGUGGGACAUGGCAAACGGAGGGGACCAGUUCGGCCUUGCAGACCGUCCGGACUCAGACUGCAUGGAUUCCCCGAAACAGACAAAACAGGAAAAUCCCAGCUUCACCUCAAACGCACCAGCGUCCCCGCAGACAGCGUCCAGUCCACAGGGGAUGGAGGGAAUCAAAGUUUUCCUUCAUGACAGGGAACUCUGGACCAAGUUCGAUGAAGUAGGAACUGAAAUGAUCAUCACCAAGGCUGGAAGGAGGAUGUUCCCCAGCUACAAGGUGAAGGUCACAGGCCUCAACCCCAAAACCAAGUACAUCCUCCUCAUGGACAUUGUCCCCGCGGAUGACCACCGCUACAAGUUUUCCGACAACAAAUGGUCGGUCACGGGGAAGGCAGAGCCCGCGAUGCCGGGGAGGCUCUACGUCCACCCGGACUCUCCGGCCACCGGGGCGCACUGGAGCCGCCAGCUCGUCUCCUUCCAGAAGCUCAAACUCACCAACAACCACCUGGACCCGUUUGGACACAUAAUACUCAACUCCAUGCACAAGUACCAGCCACGUCUCCACAUCGUCAAGGCAGACGAGAACAAUGGCUUCGGCUCAAAGAACACAGCUUUCUGCACCCACGUCUUCUCUGAGUCCGCCUUCAUCGCCGUGACGUCCUACCAGAACCACAAGAUCACACAGCUUAAGAUAGAGAACAAUCCUUUUGCAAAGGGCUUCAGAGGCAGCGACGACAAUGAGCUCCACCGCAUGGCCAAGCUACAGGGCAAGGACUACCCAGUGGUCCCUCGCAGCUCCAUCCGCCAGAGGGCCUGCCCCACAGGCAGUCCGUUUUGUGGGGAGGGUCGGGGUCUGAGGGUCUCUCCCGAGGCCGCCGGAUCCCCCUUCGGCUGCGAGAACGUCUUGAGCAGCAGCAGUCCCCAGGAGCUGCUUGGUCCUCCCCCGGCACACUACACCCUGCCUCACCCUCACCUGCAGCCCGGCCAGCAGCCACAGGUCUACCACUGCACCAAGAGGAAAGCGGAGGAGAACUGCCCUUCAGGAAACCGUCAGCACCAGUACAAGAAACCCUUCAGUGGCAGCUCACCAAGUGAGGACGAGUCCUACUAUCACCCUUCAUCCUUCCCUCCUCCUCCAACCGGUCUACCCAACAACACUGCUCGGGGUCUCACUGACUCCCCCUACAGCUCAGACAUGGGACAGCGUCAGGCCUGCAUGUUUGCCAGCUCAGAGCCCAGACUGGAUGAGCUCAACUGUGCAUCCUGGUCAUACGCCUGUCCCCUCCCCUCUGCCAUGACCCCCAUGGAGCCCUACCCACCUUACACCCCUCACCCUCCCUACAGCUCCAGCCCUCAGGGCUCGCGACUCAGUGCCAUAGCCCACCAGAGCUCUCCGCUGCUGGGAGAGCACAUCGCCCACGACCCCUAUCAGAGCCAGAGCUCCGGACCUCUAUCUCAGAGCUCCCAAAACAUUCACAGCCGGCAGAUCAGCCCUCCUCUCAGAGAGUUCCCUCGCUACACGCCCAACCUUUCUCCUCCUCUGUACCACACCCUGGAGACGCAAACACACAUCAGGUGUCCACCGGAAUGGAGUGCAGCCUCCUAACCGAGCCAGAGGACACACCUGAAUGACUGUCCAGAGGACACAGCGUCUUGAACUCAGUGACCCUUCUUUCUGCUCUUCUGGAACAUGCUGCAACAUAUACAUACCUUUGUAAUAUAAUUGUGAAAAGUUUGAUCUUGUGCUGUGUGACAAAGUUCUCAUCUAUUAGCCAUGUCUCCCCCUGUGCUGGAUGGAGCAGUGGAUUGUCUGGACUUGAAGCUUCAGAUGUUAGAAAAAAAAUAAUAACCGCAGGACGAUCAAAGUUGUUGUUUAUCAUCUUUUCAUAACUCAAAGACUGUUGUCGUCCAAAUGUUUGCACUGUGAGCCCUGUUCCGGACACACCCAACACUUCCCCUCUCAAUGACUCCCACUCUUUGCAUUGUCAAGGAUGUAAAUUGUGACCCAGCGUCAGACAGGCAGUAACAUUUACAGACCAAAAUUAUCUCAGCUCUCAGAGCGGAGCCUGAGGGAGUCAUUUUUUUCUUCUCUUUAAUGGAGCAAAACAUGGCUCCAUGCUCAGUCUCAGUGAAGGAGAAAAGGCAUGAGUUGUCUGCGUGCAUGCGUAUGUGUUCAUGUGUGUGUCUUUGUAUGUAAAGCCUGUGUCAGCUCGGCUCAAGGAUACUAUGAGUUAAUUUCCAAUGAGACAGGCAGUAGUAGCUGCGGGCGCUGCACUGCAGAGAUAAACAGUUUGUUUAGACCACGCUACAGGCUGAAGGACCUGUAAACACUGUUUCCACUGCAUUCUGGGUAAAUGCACAUCUCAGCCUCACGCAGCUGUCACUGCUGUCCUCUCAUUCACCCCCAGCCAACCAAUCAUCCCUCUCCGCUCACCAGCAGCCAGCCAAUGAGCGUGCGCCUCUGUUUUCAUCCCCAGCUGACGAGUCCGAGCUGGAGUGCAGCGGGUUUCAUGUCUGCGUGUUAUUGCCCGUUUAUUGUUUGUUUCUGAGUUUUUAAUGAGUAAUGUUGAUCCUUGAAACACAAGGACACACAGUGCUGAUCAUGUUGAUGCUCCGACUCUUAAUUAGUUUAAGUUAGUUUUUUUUCUUUAUUUUGAAUCUAAAGCAUCCCUCCCAUACUCACACAGCAUUAAACUUCGACUAGAUUGGGUCAUGUGCAUUUCCCUGCAGAUCUGGGUAAGACCCUCAUCCUUAUGGUUCACUGUGAAGAAACAUUUGUGGCUCCCGUUGUGCAAAAUAUGGUUAAUUUUUGUGUAUUGAAGCAGUGUUUUUAUAUAUUUUCCACCCAGGUGUUUUACAUGCAGUAACAUGUGAGAAGGUACUCCAUCCGUGUGCAGAGAGCAGAUCCUCGUCAUUCUCUGAUAUGUGUUUGAUUUGUGUGUGUGUGUGUGAGUGCGUAUGUGACAGUGAGAUGUAAAAGAUGAAAAUGUUUGUGUUUUAUAGCAUUUUUCCUGCUCAUAGUAUUUAUUACUCUAGAUUUUGAAAAAAAAAGAUUGCUUUGUUGUUUGUUACCUUGUAAAACAAGGUGUUGUUCAGAGAUAUUUGUUUCUCUUCUGAAGGCUCCCUUCAUGGUUUCACCCUCAAUCUCCAAAUGGUGAUAAGUAAUUGUGAUACAUUUUUUCUGUUCUAUGGAAAAUAAA